GGCAAUUAAAGUGGAAAUCCUGGAUCCAGUUUGAGACCUGGGUAGUGAUGACACAAACCAGAGCACUGGCACAUGUUAAGGGCUUUUUUGUGCUAUUUUGUGGGAGUUCGGACUUGUCUGCUUGCCAAAGUUCGGAGUGCAUGAAAUGACCAGUUCAGGGAGGCGAUUGAUGGCAGGGUGACAUAGGGAGCAUCCACACUGUAGAAGGAAUUUGACACCACUUUAAUAGCCACAAGGGCAGUUCCCUGAACAAAUGCCCAUACAGGCCUUACACAGUAUGAGACACCUGGCAACCCUAAUAAAAAAACACCUGUCUUUUAAAAAAAGAAGGGAAUAUGCUCCCUCCCGCAGAGAUUUGUGUUUUGGGAAAUAAAAAAGAGUGUUCUCCUGACAGUGCAGUGCUCCUCCUUUUGCUGCCACGUGUUUCCUUCCGGGGAGGGAAGGGGGAAAGAGGCCGGGGCUCCCUUCCUGUUUGGCAGCCCAGAGAUGGAAGGAGGGAAGGGAAAAGGGAAGAGCCACACUGCUGCACAACCCUGGAAUUCCCCUGUCUAAGCCCCGGCAGGCCGGCUCCUGUUGCAACAGAGGCACUUAGGGCUGCCCCAGCCUGUCUCUCUUUCCUACUCAAAUGGGAUCUGCAAAGGGGAGAAGUUUCCUGUGCAGCCUGGAUGUUUAGAGAAGAGUUCUGUAAUUGAGUUCAUCACUAAAAGACCAACAUCUUCACGGAUUGUCCACUAUGGCAAAAGCAGUGUUGAUUGAUCUGUGCCACCUCGAAACCAACUCUUGGAAUAAUCAGAUUCAGGACUCAAUCAUUAGGACAUUAGAAGCUCUUGGAAAGGAAGUUUCUUCCCAGGCUCCAUUUGUUUGCCUUAUGUGUUGCCAAGCCUUAAAGACUAAAAGGAAUGGUGAAGAUACGCUCCAGAAAACAAUGCAGAGUUUUCAGUGCUCAAAGGGAAGAUUUGAGGUUGUGUGUUCUGAAAAUACGGUCUCCACUUUGUAUGCCAUUAAACAGAAGCUUGAUGAAAAAGAUAUAAGUGUAAUUAAAAUAAUCUUGCCUUCACAAAGAAAGCCACUAAUGAGAGAGUAUACCAGUCAGCUUUUUACUAGCGUUUACCAGAUUGAGUAUGAAGAUUUAGAGGUAACUUGUGAAGAAAAUAAUCUCCCAAAAUCAACAGCACCACAAAGUGAACUAAUAUCGCUCUCAGUCCAAGAUGCAGAAAAGAUCCAAAAUGAGAUAAAGAUGUUUUUUGAAAGCCUGCCUGCUCUGAAAGGGAAACUCACCCUUCUCAAAUCUUCGUUGAUUCCAGAUCAUAUCUUCCUCCAUGGAUUUACUACAAGGACAGGUGGCAUUUCCUAUAUAUCGACCCUGAGCUCCUUCAACCUCUUCAGCAGCUCCAAGCGACGUGACCCACCUGCAGUGGUUAAGGAAAACCUUCGUAGGUUAGCCGUCACUGCUGGAUUCAACCAAGAUACAUAUCACAGUGUAAAGGUCAACCAUGCCAGUGAUGUUUGGAUCAUGGGAAAGACCAAACCAGAGAGCUAUGAUGGAAUAGUAACUAACCAGAAAGGGGUAACAAUUGCUGCUCCUGGAGCAGAUUGCAUCCCUGUGCUUUUUGCUGAUCCAGUUCGAAAAGCAUGUGGUGCUGCUCAUUCAGGUUGGCAAGGCACGUUGCAAGGCGUUUCUAUGGCUGUUGUUAAUGCUAUGAUAUCGGAAUAUGGCUGUAACGUGAAAGACAUCCUUGUGGUCUUGGGGCCAUCUGUUGGGCCUUGUUGCUUUAAACUACCACAAGAAUCAGCCCAAAAAUUUCACAGGAUUGAUCCAAAAUGUGUAAGACUUUAUGAAUCAUCACAUCCUUACGUUGAUAUCCGAAGAGCUACACGUGUUCUUCUGGAGGCUGGAGGAGUUCUUCCUCAGAACAUUCAAGAUGAUUCUGUGAUGGACCCAAACCAAAAUGUCACUCUCUGUACAUCAUGUUGCCCCAAUCAGUUCUAUUCUCAUGUCCGUGACGGUGAGAAUUUUGGGACACAGGUUGGAUACAUAUCAAUUAAAGGCUAAGAGAUCAUCACGAGAAGGAUUAAUGUGGCGGAAACUGUCGGUGAAGUAAUGAUGACCUUGCCUGAUCUUGGGUUCUUCCAUUGUUGCCAUUUUCAGCUGGAGCCCUUCUACCAUAUCUUGUGAACACAACUGUCCUGGGAAGGGAGAAAAGAGUCCUCCAUCACAAAACCUUGGGAGAUUUUAGUGGCCUUUCUGUGUGCUCAUGUGGCAGUACAUCUUUGGGAAUUGACAUUUAGUUGGUUCCCAAAAUCCUGCCUCAGGCGCAGAACUGUUACAAAGACGGCUGCACUUCAGAUUGUUUAUCUCCACCCACUUCAACUUGCCAAUGAGUUGCAUUACCAUUUCAGGUGAAGCCCUAAGUCUUACCUUAAAAUAUCCACCCUUUUCCUUAUCUGGGCACACACAGAAGGCAUCAAAGGCGCUGUGUUGCAAUGGUUCUGGUUAUAUUUCUCAGGCAGGUUCCAGAUGGUGGUGCUUGGGGAUAGCUGCUCCCCAAAAAGGAGCGGUUAUGUGGUUGCCAGUUCCUGGGCAAAGUAUAAAGUGUUUGUUAUGACCUUUAAAGCCCUACAUAUUUUGGGUACAGGUUUCCCAGAGGAUUGCUUCCUCCAACACAAUCCACCCUUUAGGACACAGAUCCUCUGGGGAGCGAUUGCUCCCACCAGACAGAACCUGACUGGCAACCAUCACUUAGAGGACACAACUGAAGACCUUUCUCUUCCACCUUUCUACUCAGUCUUCCUAAUGGAUGACCUUCUUACAGCGACACCAUAAGCACUUGAAGCGUCCAGCUUCUGGUCAAAGAAAAUUUAGUAUAAUGCCAAGUUUUUAACUUUGUGAUUUUUCUGUCCAUUAUAAUUUCUCAAUUCAUUCUCAAUUCACUUUUGACACAAUAAAUAAAACCCAGUCAAUUCCGUGAAUUUUAAUCUGCAUUUAAUCAGUGGAUUUGAAGUUGUAUUUUAAUUCUGUGUAUCAUAUAUAUGUGUUUUAAUUGUGUUUUUAUCUCUUUGUUUUACCCUGCCUCUAGCCACAGGGAGAGGUGGGUAAUAUUAUUAUUAUCAUAAUUAUUGUUAUUAUCUACUGAGGGAAGACCCCACGUGAAACUCCGCCAUCAACCUAUUUGGUACUGGAGGAGGCAACAAAGCUGAUACAAAGUUGAACAUAAAGCCACUGCUUUAGCUGUGACAGAUUAGAUCAUUAAUUGUCUCUCCAGUUCACCUUUGGAAACAGAUGUGAGGGAGAGAAAAAUGCAGUAUCAUUGUAAGAGAUUAUCUAUACCAACAAUGAUCUUUUCCAUUUUAAAUGGUAUGCAUGGUUACAUUUAGUUAUCACUCAGAACAUUUUUUAAAUAAAAUUCCAAGUUAC